AUGCAAGGUACUACAGGCAUCGUCAAGAUCACAGAUUUUGGAGUCUCUGGAGAGCUGGAGGACGACUUGGAACAGAAGAUCAAGGUCACCUUUGUGAGGGCACCCCAGGGGCUUUGUCUUGAUUGGAGCCUCGGUGCUGAGGUUGGAACCAUACACUACAUGUCACCCGAACGUGUGGUCGGAAAGCCUUACCAGUACAACUCCGACACUUGCUGGCUGAGGUGGAGCCUGGGUCUCACGCUGAUGGAGUGCAUCCUGAUGCGAUACCCGUGCGCUAACGGAACGAAACGGAUUUUCGAACCUCAAUCUGUGUCACGUUGGGCCAGGUACUCGCGGGAGGAGGACUGA